UAAGGACAAUAUUAAUGACCGUAUUUUCCACUUAUACUAAAUAUAUUAAAUCAGUUAUUUGGGAAGAUUGACGUCUAACGUUAUGUCGAUCCGAUGGAAUAGAUGUAUUAUAUAAAUUUCAACACAAUUAUUUAACAAUUACGCGAGAGCAGUUACCGGGAGGUUGACAUGGCGGCAUACAAAAUGUUUCGUGUCGUUGUUUUAAUGUCGUGCUUGAGUCGUACUGCUGAGGUGGAAAAAGGUUUAUGUGACCAAUGUACCUUUGUACUUAGCUGCCCACAAGCUGUAAGACUCCAGCGGGAGCGGGGUAAGGAGCCGGUGGUGCAGUGGUUGUUCCAAGAUGUAUUAUCUUGUAAACGAAGUCAUGCUCGAAGAAUAUCUAAAACGAAGAUAUGCUGCUCAAAAAUAAAGAAAUAUAAUCUUAUCGACUUGGAGAAUCAUCCAAACGCAAAGCUAUUGCCUGAAAAUUGCGGCUUAGCGUAUAGUUACCGAAUUUACGGAGGAACUUUUGCGGAUCUGGAAGAGUUCCCAUGGAUGGUUGUAAUCGCUUACAAAGUAAAAAGGUCAAUAAAGUUUAAAUGCGGAGGUUCAUUGAUAACUGCGAGGUAUGUGCUGACAGCGUCACACUGCGUCCGCGGACGGAAAAUAGCGUACGUCAGAGUCGGAGAUUACGACCUUAACAACAGCACUGAUUGUCAGGAAAAAGGAUAUUGUGUAUCCAAUACUCAGAAUAUACUAAUUGAGCAGAUGAUCUUGUAUCCUAAGUACAACAAACACUAUGGCUCCGACGUCCCGCAAGACAUAGCUCUGCUGCGUCUCAAUAGAACAGUCAACUUUGCUUCCAGUUAAUAUUUAAAUAAAUCAAGCGUUAUUAAUAUAAAUGUUGAUUAUUUAUCAAGCGAUUUGUAACUGUUACAGACGUUGGAACAGUAUGUCUCCCUAUAACAAGGGAAC